AUGACAGAAUCAUAUGAUCCCGACGAGGACCGUCGUUCUCCCGGGCUGGAGGCGACCAAGCCGGAUUAUAAGCCCCAUAAAGAACCGACGCCUCCUUUCAUAGUCAAGGAGGUCAAGGAGCCCGAGGGCGAAUUUAAAUAUUCUCCAGGCGAGGGAACACCGGACUGUUCCCGUAAGCCUCAAUCGAACCUAUACAAGUCCGAAACAAGCGAGGGCAACUCGGUGCUGAUCAGCUAUAUAGACCCUAACCGACCUGAUAUUGCCAAUUAUGAGAGAGCUGACCCACUUCGCCCGGAGCACUUCCGUGACAUUCUCUGUGAUGAUCUGCUGGAGAAGCCUCUUGUCAAGCCCGAGAAACCAAAGUUAGAGAGCCCCGUGGUGGAGCCGGCAAAGCCUAGAGAGCCCCAGUCAGAGACAGAUGCGAGUGAAGCAGCGAAGCGCGCUCUUGCACUGUUAGAUCUACCAAAACCCAGUGAUGGACCCUUGGAGCCUCCAGAGAUCCCCGUGAAACCACACGUUCCUUCUCCGGACGCGCGCGGUGGCGUUAAAGUGGAAGUGCUGUCUCCAAAAGCCUCCCAGCCACCACCCCCUGCCCUUCCCAGUAUCACGGAGAAGAAACCGUUCAGCCCCCCUUUAAGCCAAUAUGCAAUCUCCCUACAUCCGUCGCCGGACGUGUUGCCCCCGUUCCACUCACCUGACAACACUACCACCCUCCCCCCUAUUCAGACUGCACUACGUGGUAUCGCUCAUGUUAAUGAGCCCGCUGCACGCGUCAAUGGCUCCUCUCCGUAUUCUCUACCACCCGUCACAGCUAGUUCCCCACCGGGCCUCCGGAGUGAACCUGUCUGGGAGCAUCAACGGCCGGGCCAUUUUCCACCUCCCCAGAUCCCUCCUAGUCCUUACUCGCAUUUGUCACCUGCGAGUACCAAAGAUUUGUCCGCCGUAUCGUCUCCAGCAACGCAGAAUUCAUACUGGAGGUCUCAGAAAUCCGACAUACCUUAUAUCACAUCCACCUAUGACAUCGCCCAUUGUGACGCGAAAAGCCCUGCCACGAGCUAUCCAACACCCACAGAUCAAACUCCGGCGGGGACGGGUGAGCGGACACCAUACAACCCAAGUCCGCAACACAAUGGAGUUGUCACCUCGGGAGCCUACAAAUGUCGGUAUCCGGGGUGCACCGCUCCGCCUUUCCAAACUCAGUACCUAUUAAAUUCUCACGCGAAUGUCCACUCGCAAGACCGACCCCAUUUCUGUCCCAUUGAGGGCUGUCCUCGUGGAAUCGGCGGGAAAGGGUUCAAGCGCAAAAAUGAGAUGAUCCGACAUGGCCUGGUUCACAAUUCCCCUGGGUAUGUGUGCCCGUUCUGUCCCGACCAACAACAUAAAUACCCACGACCGGACAACCUCCAGCGACACGUGCGGGUCCACCAUGUGGACAAAAGCAAGGAUGACCCCCAGCUCCGGCUGGUCCUGUCGCAAAGACCAGAAGGCAGCGCGCGAGGGCGCCGCCGUCGGAUCAACGCUUGA